GUUAAAUCACUGCAUUCGGCGGAAAGAGCAUUCGAUCAGCGUUCAAACGUGAUUGGCCGGACUGAGAGAUACAAGGCGUUCGACUGAUCAUUCGAUUGGUAGAUUCGGAAGCUUAAUGAUCAAACGUCAAUCACCAUUCUCAAUUAUCACGUAGAUUUUAUAUUCCCGCUGGAUGCGCGCGAUCGUUGAUUCAAGAGAUGCGCGUAGAGUUUUCUCCGAGAUUCAUGCGAAGAGGAUCGUCUCGUAAGAGAAUUGACGGUCGAAGUGGUCCUUGCGACAAUUUGAAAGUGCGCUUUCGUGCGCGCCUCGAAGUUGGGUUAGGUCGGAACGCCGCUUCGCGUGCGUUGCUUCAAUUUCUGACGUUUCGCAAACCACGUCGUGCUGUGAACGGCACUCGGACGAUUCGGACUCGCUGUGAUGCACUUUUUUCACAACCAACUGCCGGACUACUCGACACGAGGGGUUCGCCGAUUGUUCGUUCACCAGGAGUCACGGAUCGCUUAUUCAGAGCACGAUUCCGGGUAAAAAAGCGGAAUCAUGUGACAGCAGCGUUUGCACGCCGAGCUCGAUUGAUUCCCGAACGACGAAUCUAGGCAAAUCGCCGAACAGCAGCCGAGAUGGCCAAACAAUCGCAGUACAGUAUUGUGGAAUAUUACGCGGAACACGAGGGCUACAAGUGCGGUUAUUGCAAAAGCCCCGACACGAAUUUCAGUCACGGCAUAUGGGCGCAUUCGUUAACGGUACAAGAUUAUCAGAGCCUGAUCGACAGAGGAUGGAGACGAAGCGGCAGUUACUGUUACAAACCCACAAUGCAGCAAACCUGUUGUCCACUUUAUACCAUUAAAUGUGAAGCAUUGGAUUUCAGAAUAUCAAAGUCUCAGAAGAAAGUCUUGAAGCGCAUAGUGAAGUUUUUGAGAAAGGAAUGGACGAACGACAAUUUUGCAGAUCUGGACGAGGGUCAGCAAGAUAAUAUAGAUAUAAAUAAUGAGGAGGUGUUGAAUUAUGCGAAGCAUCAUAAGAGAGCGCAGAAAAACGCUUCUAAGAUGAAUGUAUCACUCGUCGACGAUAAACUCGGUGACAGAAUGCCGAUUGAUCCGGUAGACACAAGAACCGAAACUGCUUCUAGCACCUCAAGAAAUCCUACUUCAGCUUCCAGUAGUGGCCAGAAGCAACUGGCGAAUUCGGAGAGGAAGAGCGCUCCGCAUUCUAGUGAUGUUAAGACGGGACUUCGCAAGAAAGCGAAGCUGCUGCGCAUAGAACGUAAGCAAAAUAAGUUGUUAGCCCAGGGUAAGUCGCAGAGCGAGAUCGAGAGCAUCAUGAGGGAGAAGAAGAGGCAGCAGCAGAAUUGCGCCAAGAGCUUGGAAGAAUUGUUCGACGAGGUGUACACCGGCAUGCAAAAGUUGGAGCUGAGACUGGUUAGAUCUGCGCCGACGAGCUCCGAAUACCAAAAGACCUCGAAAAAGUCUUACGAAGUUUAUAAAAAGUAUCAGGCCACGAUACACGGGACGCCGGCCGAGAAACUCACUGAGCAACGGUACGCGAGAUUUCUCGUCAAGUCGCCUCUACAGCCGUGGGUACCCGACAGCGGGGGACCGCCUCAGGGAUAUGGUUCCUUCCACGAGCAAUAUUGGCUGAACAACGAGUUAAUAGCGGUCGGAGUGAUCGACAUCCUGCCGUCCUGCAUCUCGAGCGUAUACUUCUUCUACGACCCGGCUUACGGUCAGCUUUCUUUGGGGACUUUCAGUUCGUUGCGGGAGGUUUAUCUGACGAGGCAACUGAGCAAAAUCGCGCCCAGCCUGAAGUACUACUAUAUGGGCUUUUACGUUCACACGUGCCCGAAGAUGCGAUACAAGGCGAGAAUGCGGCCGUCGAAGUUGCUGUGUCCCGAGACGUACGCGUGGCUCGACAUCGAUCCUUGCCUGGCGAAGCUGGACGACGAGAAGUACAGCCGUCUGAACGACGACAUCGAUGCCGUUGACAAGGACGGCGUGGUCGACCCUCGAGAGGUGUUAGUGUUGUACGACCAGAUCGCGAUGCCGUAUGAGAUUUACAAAACGCGACUGACGCACCAGAUCACGCGCAAAGAGGAGCGCGAGGUGAAGGAAUACGCCGGCCUCGUCGGGAUGCCGUGUGCGCUGAGGAUGCUUCUUUAUCGCAGUUAGGGGAACGACCGUUCCUUCGGCGCGCGCGAGACCAACGAAUGUCGUGAGCGUGUUUCGCGGACGAUCGACUCGAAGGAUCCGAUCAUUGGCAAAUACUUCGAAAUAUCUCGCGUUAGUCGCUGAUCACUAUUAGCUGUGUUUGUGUACAAAGAAUCGUCGAAUUCGUGACUCUUAAGAUAAAUAAAAAAUAGGGUAAGAUUGGCCGCACGUUGGAGCGGUAAUCUGCGAGCGCGAUGCGAUUAAUCGGAAAGAACGAAAGGAAUAAUAUAGCGAUUAUAAUAAAUUAUGUGCAAAACGGCAGGGACCUUUUGUCUCUUUACCUUUUUUUCUUUCAGAUUUUUGUCGAUAAAAUUUUUAUUGCUGUAUUCUGACUGUUUUUUUUUUCUUCAUAUUUUCCUAGUAUCCCAGGGAUAAGUGAACGUAAAAAAAUCGCCAAAAUACAUAUUUUGUUAAUUGCCAAAGUGUUAUAAAUAAUCGAAUUAAG